AUGAAGACCCGAGGAGGAUCGAAUCGGCGGCGGUGGCCAGGACCUGGACCUCUCCUUAAAAAUAGUACCCAGACCGUUACAUUGGACUGGUACACGCCUACCUGGAGUGCCAAAGAGUCGUCCCACGCUUCGGAAUGUACACUUCACUUCGGAGACCAAUCCCCAUUUGAAUGGGAGCGCAAGGCAUGGUUACGCCGCGGCCUUCGAAAACAUUCUAAUCUUAGGGCCCGAUGUGCAGCAAUACUACAAUGUGGGCAUCGCUGCGGACGACCAUUUCUCCGAACCAGUACACGAGACCAACAAUGGACCUGCUGCGGCGCGCACGGCGAAUACCUUCCAAAGAGACAGCCUAUACUACUCAAACUUCCUGGCGAACUACGAAACGAGAUCUACAAGCACGCAUUUCCUCCGUUUUUAGGGCUCUUUCCUCAAGACGAGCGUUCCAGGAGCAGUAUUGGGCUUCUCGGGGGCGGACACCUUCUCCCUCUCGGGCAUUAUCCAUCAUUAGGCUGUAGGGCGUUAGAAUUUCUCCGGUUCCUUGGCAGAAAGGCCUUUGGAUACGUUAGGGAGAUUGAGAUGCGCAUCGACCUCGAAGAUUCCUGGAAUGGCAGCCGGGCGAUUUUACGAGACUUCGCCGAUACACUCCACACCGAAAGGAUGACGCAAAGGAGCCUUACAGUCAAGUUUGCAACAACAAAGAUGUUGACAUGCGAGCAAGAAGAGAUCGAAUUUUGCCGAUUCCUUCAGGCGCUAAGGGAAGUUCCACAGUUCCAAGACAUUAUAUUUGAAGUCGCCAACCCUAGUCUACGUGAGGGGAAAGUUGGGCAGCAGCUCGAACGAAGAGCAAGAGCCAUAAGAGACAGCUUGCUUCGGAGACAAACGUAA